AUGAUUGCGACGCAAGCUUCGUUGCCGCUUAUUUUUCUGGAUUGAUGCGCUUCUCAUGAUAGAGCAAGCGCCAUGGCGGCCGUUACAAAUUCCGCGCCGCGCGACAUUCCAUUUGCCACCUUUAGCGCUGCCAACGACGCAGCCGUUCUCCUGUUCGAGCUCAUCCAGGCUAAAGCGUCACCGCCAACUCUCAUUAGCAGCGGGAAUACCAUCGGCUAUCACAUAUCACUGCCUUUAUCAUCUGACAUUUCUAGCUCAGAUGGUAACAGCUCUGAUUCAGCCUCCGAAUUUCAAGCCUCACACUCUUCUAAAUUGGUGGAAUGGAAAAUUGGCGCUGGUGCAUCGCCAACUUUGGCCGACAAAGAGCUGGGCCUCACCAAUCCAGACAUUCUUCUCUGCGCUCCAGGCGACACGCCAGCUUCCCACAGAAUUCGCAACUACAUCAAGGACUUCCAUGCAUACAUCACCUUCCACCCAACUUCAGGUGUUCUUAUGCUCCGGAAUUUUUGCGAUCGACCCAUCAUCUACGAGCAAGGCGAUAUGCACGAUAAUGACUUGACCCUCCGCUUAGAUGAAUGGGGCAAGGGAAUGACAUGUGUCCUGCGAAGAGAGCACAAUUAUAUUCGCUUCGGCCCAUAUCGAUUUCUUUUCAAAUUCGUGACACAAACCCGACAGAAUUUCGAUAGAUUUACUGCUUAUAUGAACGGUGUUAUCAAGAGUGACUUUCAUGGACUGAAUCCCUCACGCCUGUUCAACUUCAUCCCAAUGCCAAGCCCAUAUCACGAGACUUCAUGGAAUAUUUGGCUUCAUCACAAGAUCCCAACCACAAACGUCACUACCGGCGUCGACAUUCGUACGGGACAGCCGGUUGCUGUCAAGAAGCUGUGGAACAGAGAGACAUCCAAGACGCGCCAGUACGUUGUCGAACGGUUGAAAAUGGCCCUCCAGAGCAGAGACGCACAAGACAGUGGGAUACUUAGAAUUAUCGAUGUCUGGUGUUCUCACCAGACUUCUCCUCCGUGCCUAUUUGAUGCAUCCAACAGCGAUAUGCUUGACGAGUGCCGGUAUACCUUCUAUUCGAUGCCGCUAGCCGGAUAUAAUUUUUUAGAUCUUCCUUGGACAAAGUUAGAGCACGAUAUACACCUCACAUAUUUUCAUCAGACAUUACUGGGUCUCUCUGCGCUGCAUGAGCAGGGCCUCAUUCACGGGAAUAUACGGCCUACUUCACUGCUCAUAUUGGCCAAUACAGCGCAUACAUCGUAUACGACUACCAAGGCUCUUUCGACCAAACGGGCUGUCUUGUCUCUCUCCAUGAGUCAGGUAGAGAGAAAACCGUACGAUAUAACUUGUAUUUGUAUCGCACCUGAAGCUUGGCAGAAAAUAAACAGUAGAUCAACAACAAAGCUAGAUAAGACCAAGCUUGACAUCUGGGCACUGGCUACUUCAUGGAUUUAUACUUUCAUGCGACCACCAGACAAUUUCAAAAUCGUAACAGAACGGGACCAUCUACAGAUGCAAAGACAGGUGCAGUAUCGGAUUGAACGACUUUCAUUUUUGAGGCGCUUUGCUCCUCUUUUGAACAAAAUGCUUGCCUGGGAACCAGAAUGUCGGCCAAGCGCAGCCGAAGCUCUUGCGAGCAACGCCUGGCAGCCCGUCUGGGAUGAGAAGCAGAGGAGGGAGGAUAAGAAGAAACAGAAGCGGAAGGCCAAGAUGCAAUCGGGGGGAGCCAAGAGAGUCAGAGUGCUCUCGCCUGCCACAGAAGAUUAUAAAAUCAUUGAGUCGGAUUCGAAAAAGGAUUGAACAAGCCAGGCGUGGUUCGCUUUGUGACUUCGUAGUCGCCAUUUGAGCGCAGAGACCAACUGAACACUUGGUAUAUGUUCUUACCCGGCAUUGCCAAGUGCCUGAGGAAAGGGACGGUCAAUGCGUCGUCUUGAUAGCCUCUUAUCGUCUGCUUCCCGAAUUCUCUC